UCCUGUGGAAGCUGCAAGGGAGGCUGUGGCUCCUGUGAGGGUUGCUGUCAGUCCAGCUGCUGUAAGCCCUGCUGCUGUCAGUCCAGCUGCUGUAAGCCCUGCUGCUGUGAGUGCAGCUGCUGUAAACCCUGCUGCUGUCAGUCCAGCUGCUGUAAGCCCUGCUGCUGUGAGUGCAGCUGUUGCAAGCCCUGCUCCUGUGAGUGCAGCUGCUGUAAACCCUGCUGUUGUCAAUCCAGCUGCUGUAAACCCUGCUGCUGUCAGUCCAGCUGCUGCAAGCCCUGCUGCUGUGAGUGCAGCUGCUGUAAACCCUGCUGCUGUCAGUCCAGCUGCUGUAAGCCCUGCUGCUGCCAGUCCAGCUGCUGCAAGCCCUGCUGUUGUCAGUCCAGCUGCUGUAAGCCCUGCUGUUCUUCAGGCUGUGGGUCUUCCUGCUGCCAGUCCAGCUGCUGCAAGCCCUGCUGCUGCCAGUCCAGCUGCUGUAAGCCCUGCUGCUGUCAGUCCAGCUGCUGCAAGCCUUGCUGUUCUUCAGGUUGUGGGUCUUCCUGUUGCCAGUCCAGCUGCUGCAAGCCCUGCUGCUGCCAGUCCAGCUGCUUGGGAUGGGGCCGACAGUCCCCAGCGGGCAGGGGAGAUGUCGGGGUGGGAGCACAGAACUAUUUCCAGGCGGCUUCUCAUUGGAAGCGUCAAGGGCUGGAUGUCAUAGGUAGGGGGCAGCGCCGCUCUGGGAAGCGCACCGGGGUCGCGGAGAAGACAAACGUGGACGCUGCAGGUAAGGCGCUCAUCCUGACUGUGUGCCCGGAUUGCCCCUGGGCUGGAGAGCCGCACUCUCGGAGGGCGGCCCCACGCGAACAAAGGCUAGGGGAGCAGAGAAACCGGCGACAGCUCCAGUUCAGGCCGGGAGAAAAGGACCCUCGCAUACUGGGACAGUAG